ACACACAUGGGCAGGUAUCAAAGGGCAAUUCUAGAAUUGACUCCUGAUUUAGUUCUGUUCUGUUUAGUUCCAUUCCACAGGCCGGCAAGGGACCUGUGUUCCGCUUCCAGGGGUCUACACGGAGAACUGAAGGGCUGAAGAGAAAGAGACGAUUUAUUGUCCAGCACAGUGGAAUAUACUGGACACAGUGGCUCCUGAGACCAACAACAGCCCUGUCAUCUCAGCCUCUUCUUCCCUUCUUCCUCCUGCUGUGUGUCUGUCUUGAUCGUGAAGUCUUUUCCCCUCCUCUUUUCUAUCUACCAUCUCUUCUUCAGUCUGGGUCUACUCUCCACUGUCUCGGUCUCUGUCAUACCCUACCUGCAGUAUCACUGAGCUACCUGGUGACGGAGUAAAGACAGUAUGUGUUGCACUGGGAAGUGUUCUCGCCUGGUGGGCCUGAUCCUGUUGCCCUCGGCGUUCGCCUGCAUCAUCUCCAACAUCCUCCUGUUCUUCCCCGACGGAAAGCAGCAGGACAGCAGUCAUGUCUCCCUGCAGGUCUGGCUCAUGGGCGGCCUCAUCGGAGGGGGAAUAUUCAUGCUGUGCCCCAGCUGUUCGGCUAUCAGGGCCGGGGGCAAGGGUUGCUGUGGAAAUGGUUGCUGCGGAAACCGUUGCAGAAUGCUGAACUCUGUCUUCUCGGCUGCUUUUGGUUUGGUCGGAGCUAUCUACUGCACUAGUGUCUCUUCUGCGGGACUGGCCAUUGGACCUAAAUGUCAGAUUGCUAGUGGAGAAUGGAAAUAUCCCUUUGAGGACCUACCAGGUGGGAACAGCAGUUACCUGUUUGACCACUCUCUGUGGGAACUGUGUGUGAUCCCUGCCAAUGCGGCCCUGUGGCACCUGGUCCUCUUCUCCAUCACGCUGGGCCUGGGGGGCCUGCAACUCAUCCUCUGUGGCAUCCAGGUGGUCAACGGCUGCAUCGGCUGCUUCUGUGGGGACUGCCGUGAUGACAAGGAGGAUGAUGGUGGAUUGUGAGAUGGAGCGAGAGAAGAAGUAGAGAGGACUGCUCUGCAAUGCCACAGCCUAUUUUAAUGACGACUAGUGCUGAGCGAUUAGUGCUUUUUCAGGUCGGUUCAGUUUCGGUUCGAUUAUAAAAAAUUAUCACGGUUUUUGAUUUUGCGUUUGAUUAUAUAAUACACCAUACGUUAUGUGUGUUGAAUGCUGUAACAACACAGAAUAAAACAUUUAAUACAAGUCCCAUGGUGGUAGUGACGGUCCUUUACUGCUUAUUACUUAUUAACCAUAAUUUAUUCACAUUACUUUACUUUAUGACUUCAUUAUUUCAUUCCAAGUCAGUUCAGUUCAGGCUUGAUCUGAUUUAAUCUCUACAGAAACGGCACAUUGAGCUCACAGAAAAGAACCGAACUAAAUGGAAUUCAAAUCAUUUAACCGAAGUCUUUCAAUAAGUUGUUUUAAAAAAACAAAAAAUAACCAACAUUUCGGUUAAUCGCUCAGUACUACUGAUGACAUACCAGCACCAGGACUGCCAAUCACUUACUACACAACUUUUUUUUAUCUGCCAGGAGCUUUCCCUUUUGUGUUUGAAGCAGAUUGUCUACUUUUAAUAAGUUCAAAUCAUGCCAGUGUGCCAUAUCAAUCAUAGUCAUUGUAGUUCUUUAAUCUCAAAACUGCCAUGUCAUAGUUGUAACCCUUGCUUCUGUUUCAUGUGUUGCCCAUGGAAACAUCAUACAGUACGUCAUCUGAGGAUUCCUCCGGAGUUUCUCAAGUUAUUUUCCAUUCUUUAUUUCAUUUCUUUUAAGCAACCAUUUCUUUAACAUUAUCUUUUGUAUAUAUUUUUUUGUAUAAUCACAUACGUCAAAACUAUACAAAUAAGCAAUAAAACCUUUGGGAAAUUA